ACGACAAACAGACGUGCGAAUGCACUCUCAAGCCUCCAGCCACCUAUCUUACCCUACCUAACCCUCCUAGUAGGAGGCCUCUAUGCAUGCACACAUCCCCCUCUCGGCUUGAAUGUUCCGACGUCACUACCGGCCGAGCUUUAGCACUUGCAUCCGCUCUCGCACUCAGGGUCGGUCUUGCGGUGGGCGCCUCCGACUUCAGUAACCGCUGGCCCAACCCCAACCCCCAACCACAAUCACAACCACAUUUUACCACAACGAUAACGACACCUGCAGCUGCAGCUGCAGCGCAGCAAUGUCAGACCCUCUCGACGGCAGCGACUUCCGCUCCGACCUGACAACGGCCCCCAUAUUCGACGACGCCCUCUAUUUCUCAGAAGCACUCAACUUCCCCCAGGGCCAGAACGAGGACGAUGUAGACACACAACUUGCCCUCUCCGCGCGCGACUCCGGCAUCGAUGAUCCCUAUCGCCAUCUAUGUCCCGACCUCUACCACCCUUCAACCAUGUCCACCUUGACCCUCUCCAGCGAACAGCGCAGCUCCAUGUCUAUCCAUUCACGAGAAACACAAUCCACAGGCACCAUGUCCUACCCCUCACGAGCGUCGCGGACGUCGGGAGACUUCCGCAAUGUGGAUUACGCCUCUCCCAUGCGCAAGCCUCCGAUGACCCGAAAUUCCCUCUCGCACGAUAGCUACGAUGCGGUCAUGGAGCGAUACCGUCCUGCGCAACACAGGCAUUCGGGUUCUGCUGCGUCCGGCACAAACUCGCUCUUCCGCAGUGCGAGUGUUGCUGCUGCUGCAAACGGCCCCGCCAAACCUUCUCCGCGCAAACACAAACGCGCGUCUGGAAUUUUCGCCAUGUUUCGGAGGGAUUCGAGUUCCUGUCCUUCCCGUUCGCACCACGGCCACCACAGCAAACCCCAGACCCCGAAACUAGAAUGCGGCCAUGCACUUUCCAGAUACGCGGUUCGUGUGCACAUCGAAGAAGCCUUGGGAGCGGACGGACAUACGGCCCCGUCGUGCUGCGGCAAGCCGCUCCCUCGAGUUGUACUGGAGGCGGUGCUAUCUAAAGACGAGGUGGAUAUUGUGUCAUCGUCUACAGUCUCUCUGCGGUCCCCUGGCCUGUCAUCGCUGCAGGAUUCCGGCUACAGCGAGGAUGGCAUAUCUUCGAUCGACAUUCCUACUGCGAUGCUUCCUCAGUCGACUCGGUCGGACGUGUCUAGUAUGGCGCCUGCAAUCCCAAGCAAAGAGCUUACCCCAGAGGAGGAGGAGCGCUUGCGCACAGCCAUUGCCGGCGCAUCUUUCAAACAACUGCAAGCGCAGCAGAUGGAUCAACUCCGGCGCGUAUCCGCAUUUGAGAUGCAUCAACGAAAAGCACUAUCCGCAUACUACCACUGGACCCAGAAGCAGGCAGCCGCGCAGCUGGAAGCGAGCAAGACGCAAAAGACGAAACAGCAUGCCGUUGAGCUAGAGCGUCUAGACGAGUUUCAGAUCGCGGCGGAACAUGAUUUGCGCAAAGCGCAUGCGCAAGAGGCCCAGAACGUCGCAACUGCGUUGAAGUACAUGACGGCAUUCUGUUCGGGCAACAACCCCGCCAACCCAGACGUGGCGCACAAAGUGACAGACGAGGACCGCAAGAAAUUGGCACGACAGUACGCGACACAGGAGAAAUUGCCCGCCAAGCACGAAAGCGCUAUAAAUGUGCUCAGAGCCAGGCAAGAGAAGGAUGCAAAGACGAAGUUGUUGAAGCAGCAGGCGGAGCUCCAUCAAUUGGAUACCGAUUUUGAGCGAGAGAAGCGGACUUUUGACCUGCAAUACCUGAAGGACUUGAAUCGACUCGACUCGAUGAUCGAGGCGCGGAGACGGCGACUCAUGCACCGAUGGGCGCUCAGCUUCGAAAUCUGGCGCCGCGAAUGGGAGAACCAGGACGGAAACACUUUGGUCGGACAGUUGCCAAAAGCAGACUGGCCCGAUCGACGGGAGACGGACAACGUUCUGGAACAAACAAGCCCGCUGGCCAUCUACCUACAACUGAAGUCAUGAAAACGAAAACGCUGCG